AUGUCGUUGCCUGCUUUGCCUCGCGAUUGGAAUAAAUCCGAAUCUUUCAAGGCUGUUGCUUCGUUCACAACCCCCGAAAAGCUUGCUGCCGAGCCUGUUGGCCCCGGCUUCCUUGGUCAUGCUCGCCGUAUUCUUCGCAACCGUACGUUCUCUGAGGACGAACGUCUGGAGGCCGAGCGCAACGUCAAGGCCAUCGAGACCGCCGACAACGACUACGAGAGCGAACCUGAGGAUGCCGAUAUGCUCCGUCACGACCCUAAGGACUGGAAGUCUCUUGACCAGUACGAAGUCCUGGGUCUCACCAAGUACCGCUGGAGAGCCGACGAGGACCUGAUUCGCAAGGCACACCGCCGGAAGGUUCUCAAGCACCACCCUGACAAGAAGGCUGCUGAGGGUGCCGGUGAUGAGGAUGGAUUCUUCAAGUGUAUUCAGAAGGCAUUUGAGACGCUGGUUGACCCGAGCAAGCGCCGUCAAUGGGACAGUGUUGAUCCCAAGGCCAAUGUCCCCGUUCCCAGCAAAAAAACCAAGGGCGAUUUCUUCGAGCGGUGGGGCAAGUUUUUCGAGGCCGAGAGCCGUUUCUCCACCAAGCAGCCUGUUCCCCAGCUCGGUGACUUGAACUCUACCAAGGCCGAGGUUGAUGCCUUCUACUCUUUCUGGCGUCGGUUCGAUUCCUGGCGUUCGUUCGAGUGGCUGGAUGAGGACGUGCCCGACGACUCGUCCAACCGCGACAACAAGCGCUACAUUGAGAAGAAGAACAAGGCCCUCCGUGCCAAGCACAAGAAGGACGACACUGCUCGUUUGAUCAAGGCCAUUGAUCUCGCUCUUUCCGAGGAUCCUCGCCACCGCAUGUUCAAGGACGCAGACAAGGCAGCCAAGGCCCAAAAGAAGUGGGAGCGCGAGGCCGGAUCUCGUGAGGCUGCCGAGAAGAAGGCUGCCGAGGAGCAGGCGAAAGCCGACGCCGAGGCCAAGGCCAAGGCGGACGCCGAAGCCAACAAGGACGCCAAGGAAGCGGCCAAGAAGGCCAAGGAGGCCGCCAAGUCUGCCAAGAAGAAGCACAAGCGUACCCUGCGCAACGCGAUCAAGGACGUCAACUAUCUGCUGCCCGAGGGCGAACAACCUAGCCCUGAUACAGUGGCUAAUGCACUGGCUGAUGUCGAUAACCUUAUCGAGGCCCUGGACGACAUGGAGCUCGCCGACUACGCCGGCAAACUGUCUCCUCUGACCGCCGACUCCGUCAAGGCCGCGUUCACCGAGGGCGUCCAGGCAAAGGGCAUUAAGCCCAAGUUUUUUCUGUAA